AGAUAUCCUCUACGGUUCUUGUCAUAAAGAUGGACGCUGAAAAGGUUGCCGAACUGCGCAAGAAGCGCCAAUUCCGAAAGUUCACCUUUCGUGGUAUCGAGCUCGAAGCACUCCUGGACUUGACCAACGAUGAGCUCAUGGACUUGGUCUGUGCACGCGCACGUCGUCGCAUGUCCCGAGGUCUGAAGCGUAAGCCCAUGGCAUUGAUCAAGCGUCUGCGUCAAGCCAAGAAGGAAGCUCCGCAAGGCGAAAAGCCUCGUGGUAUCAAGACCCACUUGCGUAACAUGAUUAUUGUUCCGGAAAUGAUCGGCAGUAUUAUUGGUAUCUACAACGGAAAGAUGUUCUGUGGUGUGGAAAUGAAGCCGGAAAUGAUCGGCAUGUAUCUUGGAGAAUUCGCCAUCACCUACAAGCCUGUGCGGCACGGACGUCCCGGUGUCAGCGCAGCGCACCAAACGCGAUUCAUUCCGCUUUAAAGUAAACCCAAUCUUAUUGCUU